AUGGCCCGCUUCGCUGCCCUCUUCCUCAUCGCCGCCGCUCUCCCCUUCGCGUUCGCCACCUCGAGCACGCAGCAAUGUUCUGACAUGGAGUUCUUCUACCCCGACAAAGCGUGCUGCCUGCCCUACGGUGGCCAGCAGAACCCUCCGACGCCCCCUCAGGGUAACCAACAGUGCCCUUCGAGUGGCUGGGAAUGGCACGACGGCAAGCAAUGCUGUGUGCCUCAGCAGCCUCCCGAGCAGAACCCCCCUCCUCAAUGCGGUAGUGGAUGGGAAUGGAACCACGAUGCGUCCACCUGCUGCGAACCGACCAAAUCGUCAUCGGCUCCCAAAUCGACGCCUUCUGCGAACCGCCGUAGUAACACGCCUACCGGCAACCACAAGCGCAACCUCAAGUCUCGCGCUCAUGCCCUUUGA